CGGCGGCGGCGGCUCCGGCCGAAGGAGGAUGCGGCGGCGGCGGCCCCGGAGCUCCCCGGCCCCGCCGACGUGUACCGAGCGCUGGCGGCCGCCGGCGGCACCCUGCCCCGGGUGCGCAAGGAGGGUGGUGACGCUGGAGAAGAAGGCAGAAGAGACCUUCGGCUUUGAGAUCCAGACCUAUGGGCUGCACCACCAGGACAGGAACAGUGUGGAGAUGUUCACCUUCGUGUGCCGGGUGCACGGCGGGAGCCCGGCCGAGGCUGCAGGGCUCAAGGCUGGGGACACGAUCACGGGGGUGAACGGGCUCAACGUGGAGGGUGUCCGGCACCGGGACAUCGUGGAGAUCAUCAAGAGCUCGGGCAACGUGCUCCGGCUCGAUACGCUCUAUGGGACGUCCAUUCGGAGGGCUGAGCUGGAGGCCCGGCUGCAGUACCUGAAGCAAACGCUCUAUGAGAAGUGGGGCGAGUACCGCUCGCUGAUGGUGCAGGAGCAGCGGCUGGUGCGGGGCGUGGUGGCCAAGGACCCCAGCAUCUAUGACACGCUGGAGUCGAUCCGCUGGUGCCUGCAGGGUGAGGGGGGGCUCCCCGGAGGCUCCCCCCGCGCCAGCGGCAGCGAUGACUCCCUGUACCAGACCUGCCUCUUCGCCUCCGCCGACUCGCUGGACCGGGACAAGGACGGGGACAGGGACGGGGACAAGGAUGGGGACAAGGACAGAGGCACCGCCGGGCCCGCGCCCCCACCACCACGACCCCGGCCAGCCCUGGCCCGCAGCGCCAGCCUCAAGUGCGGGGGGGGCCCGGGGGCGCGGUUAUGGGGCCGGGCCGGGGACCCCGGGGAGGGGGCGGCCGCUGCCCCCCGCAAGGGCCGACACAGCAGCUUCCGCCGGCGGCUGCUCAAGUUCAUCCCGGGGCUGAACCGGGCGCUGGAGGAGGAGGAGAGUCACCUCUAAUGGGGGCUACCGAGGGGGUCACCUCUAACGGGGGUACGGGGAGGAGUCACCUCUAAUGGGGGUACCGGGAGGAGUCACCUCUAACGGGGGUACCGAGAGGAGCAUCACCUCUAACGGGGGUACCAGGAGGAGUCACUUCUACCGGGAGUACCGCGGCCCCCCCCGGGCCUAUUUAUUUAUUUAUUGCAAGGGGCUACGAGCCCCCCUUGGGGGGCCACUGAAGGAGCUCGGGGUCAGCCCCAAGGGUCCUGGCUUGGCCCCCCCUCAAGCCAUAGUGGGUCCCAGCACCACAGGACAGACGUGGGGCCACCCCCGGCCCGGCACACGAAGCCACCGCUCGUCUCAGGAACCGGUGCCAUCCUCACUGGGGGACAUGGGGGGGACCCUGCGUGUCCCCCCCCCAGCUCGAGGCUCAGGGGGGUCCUGCCCCCGGCAGCUUUUGUACCAAUACAGACACGUUUUGCA